AUGCAAACACGUUUCAAGCUCGAAAUUGAUUCGGGGCGAGAGCGCACAGCGACUGCACGAGCACUACGCAGACACUCAUCCCUGGCCUCGGGCUCGCACACAAUGGCAGAGGCAUCUAGCUCAGGCUCGCAAGCUCAGGUGACCCUCGUAACUGCCGACGAUGAGAAGUUCAAGGUCGACAAGGAAGUCGCCAAUCGCUCAGUGCUGAUCAAGAACAUGAUCGAAGAUGUUGGCGAAUCGGACAACCCCGUUCCGCUGCCCAACGUCAACGCUACCGUGCUCAAAAAGGUCCUAGAAUGGUGUGAACAUCACCGCAAGGAUCCCGAGCCUACGACGGACGAAUUUGACGACCGCCGAAAGCUCACCGAGAUCUCUGAAUGGGAUCAAAAGUUCAUCACCGUCGAUCAAGAGAUGCUCUUCGAGAUCAUUCUCGCGGCCAACUAUCUGGACAUCAAGCCCCUGCUUGACGUCGGCUGCAAGACAGUCGCCAACAUGAUCAAGGGCAAACAGCCGGAAGAGAUCCGCAAACUUUUCAAUAUCACGAACGACUUCACCCCUGAAGAGGAGGCACAGAUCCGCAAGGAGAACGAAUGGGCAGUCAUGAAGAGCGAUCGACGAGAUGGACACGUGUCCAUGGGCGAUUCUCGGAGAGCGAAUCUAGUUUCAGCUUCUUCCUCAGCUUCUCUAGGAGAACGCUCUGUGGCCGCGUUGUACUCAUUGCCAUACCGUGUAGCGAGCCUGCAGCUUAGCCAGUCCCGUCCCGCGUGCUCUCCAUAG